ACAUCGCCCGUUGUUUGUUAAACAAGACAACCGAAACAAAUGGAGGCAGACGUUUUAAAUGCAUUACAAAGUCAAUCAGCUUAUCUGCCAGGCGGUCGUGAUCGAGAUGAACGACUACUGAUGCUAAUACCCGUUCCGAACGAACUGCAACCGUGGACAAAACAAAAUUUAGAUUUGUCAAUCAAGUUUUUAUUAUCCAUACUGAGCAAUGACAGUCUUAGUGGAGGACUCGUUGUGGUUAUCGAUGGCCAAAAAUGUUCAUGGCGUAUGGCAAGAUUGGUUAUACGGCAUGUAACAGCGUUAAUUGGCGAGAGUCUAUCCAACGUUAUUGUUGUUCGGCCAGACGCAUUUUGGGAUAAACAGCAUGUGGAAAACUGUGCGAAGACGCAAAAGAAAGGAGAGCCAAUCACAAUACCGAAAAGUCGCUUGUUCAAACAUUUUGAAUUAUCUGAACUUCCAGAAGAACUAGGUGGGACACUGGCUUAUAAUCAUGAACAAUGGCUAUGCAAUCGUAUUCGCAUAGAAGAAUUUAAAAAGUGCUUUGAUAAAGCAAUCAAUGACCUAGAAAAUUUGCAUGUUAUUUGCUCGACAAUAAGUCUAUCCGAGCCAAUGAAACCGAUCAAGCGAUGAAAUAUUGCACCAAAAUGAAUGAUGAUGUGCAAAAAGCAAUUCGAUCAGUAAUUGAUAA